CCCACCGCUGCCUCGCCUCCCCCCCCAUAUUGUCAAUCUUCUUUGGCGUGGGGUCUUUUCGGAUUGGCAGAAUGUACCCCCAGGGAAGACACCCGACCCCUCUCCAGUCCGGCCAACCCUUCAAGUUCUCGAUCUUGGAGAUCUGCGACCGCAUCAAAGAGGAAUUCCAGUUUCUUCAGGCUCAGUACCACAGCCUCAAGCUGGAAUGUGAGAAGUUGGCCAGCGAGAAGACCGAAAUGCAGCGACAUUAUGUCAUGUACUAUGAGAUGUCCUACGGGCUCAACAUUGAGAUGCACAAGCAGGCCGAGAUUGUGAAGCGCCUCAGCGGGAUCUGUGCCCAGAUCGUCCCCUUCCUGACCCAGGAGCACCAGCAGCAGGUGCUGCAGGCCGUAGAGCGAGCCAAGCAGGUGACCGUGGGGGAGCUGAACAGCCUCAUCGGGCAGCAGCUCCAGCCCCUGUCCCACCACCCCCCCACGGUGCCCCUGGCCCCUCGCCCCGCCGGGCUGGUGGGCGGCAGCGCCACGGGGCUGCUGGCCCUGUCCGGAGCACUGGCCGCUCAGGUGCAGCUGGCCGCGGCCGCCAAGGAGGACCGGGCUGGUGUGGAGGCCGAGGGGGCCAGAGUGGAGAGAGCCCAGAGCAGGAGCGCCUCCCCGUCGCCGCCUGAGAGCGUGGUGGAAGAGGAGCGGCUGAGCGGCCCCGGGGGCAGUGGGAAGCAGAGAGCUGACGACAAGGAGCUGUCUGGGCCGUAUGAAAGCGAUGAAGACAAGAGCGAUUACAACCUGGUGGUGGAUGAGGACCAACCCUCCGAGCCCCCCAGCCCAGCCACCACCCCGUGCGGAAAGGCACCCAUCUGCAUCCCCCCCCGCCGGGACCUUGUGGAUAGUCCGGCCUCCUUGGCCUCCAGCCUCGGCUCACCUCUCCCCAGAACCAAGGAGCUCGUCCUGAACGAGCUUCCCGCCAGCACUCCGGCCCCCAAGUCCUGUGACUCCUCCCCACCCCAGGACACGUCCACCCCCGGGCCCAGCUCAGCCAGCCACCCCCGCCAGCUCACUGCCAAACCAACACCUUCCACCGACAGUAUCGCCCUGAGGAGCCCCCUGACCCUGUCCAGCCCCUUCACCACAGCCUUCAGCCUUGGGUCCCACAGCGGCGCCCUUAAUGGGGACCUCUCUGUGCCCAGCUCCUACGUGAGCCUCCACCUGUCCCCCCAGGUCGGCGGCUCUGUGGUGUACGGACGCUCUCCCAUGAUGGCUUUUGAGUCUCACCCACACCUCCGAGGAUCAUCCAUCUCCUCCUCCCUGCCCACCAUCCCUGGGGGAAAGCCGGCCUACUCGUUCCACGUGUCCGCCGACGGGCAGAUGCAGCCGGUGCCCUUCCCGUCCGACGCGCUGGUGGGCGCCGGCAUCCCGCGGCACGCGCGGCAGCUGCACACGCUGGCGCACGGAGAGGUGGUCUGCGCCGUCACCAUCAGCGGCUCCACGCAGCACGUGUACACGGGCGGCAAGGGCUGCGUGAAGGUGUGGGACGUGGGCCAGCCGGGCGCCAAGACCCCUGUGGCCCAGCUGGACUGCCUGAACCGGGACAACUACAUCCGUUCCUGCAAACUGCUGCCAGAUGGCCGCAGUCUGAUCGUGGGCGGCGAGGCCAGCACCUUGUCCAUUUGGGACUUGGCAGCUCCCACGCCCCGCAUCAAGGCCGAGCUGACCUCAUCGGCCCCUGCCUGCUAUGCCUUGGCGGUCAGCCCUGAUGCCAAGGUCUGCUUUUCCUGCUGCAGCGAUGGCAAUAUCGUGGUCUGGGACCUGCAGAACCAGACCAUGGUCAGGCAAUUCCAGGGCCACACAGACGGGGCCAGCUGCAUCGAUAUUUCCGAUUACGGAACUCGCCUCUGGACAGGGGGGCUGGACAACACGGUGCGCUGCUGGGACCUACGGGAGGGCCGCCAGCUGCAGCAGCACGACUUCAGCUCCCAGAUUUUUUCCCUGGGCCACUGCCCCAACCAGGACUGGCUGGCUGUGGGUAUGGAGAGUAGCAACGUGGAGAUCUUACACGUCCGCAAGCCGGAGAAGUACCAGCUGCACCUUCAUGAGAGCUGCGUGCUGUCACUCAAGUUUGCCUCCUGUGGGCGCUGGUUCGUGAGCACCGGGAAGGACAACCUGCUGAAUGCCUGGAGGACGCCCUAUGGAGCCAGCAUUUUCCAGUCCAAGGAGUCCUCCUCUGUGCUGAGCUGUGACAUCUCCGGGAAUAACAAAUACAUCGUGACGGGCUCAGGGGACAAGAAGGCCACCGUGUACGAGGUGGUCUACUGAGGCCUCUCUUCCGUGUCCCCCGCCCGGCCCCGAGGGAGGGCCACCGGGACACUGCACCCAGCACCCCUGCCCCCGGCGACCUGUGAGUGAUAACUGCUCCCCAGAGGCCCCUCACAUCUUCCCCUCUGGGGGAGC